GGCUGAGUCGACCUAGGGGAGGCCCAGGACCGGUUCAGAUAAUCGUCACUGGUGUUAGCCGUGAGCGGGAAUCGAACCCGGGUCGCCAGGUUCAUAGCGCAGCGCGCUAACCGCUACACUACCGCUCCCCACACAAACAUACACACACACCGACACAAACACACACACACCGACACACACACACCGACACACACACCGACGCACACACACACACUGACACACACACCGACACACACACACCGACGCACACACACACACUGACACACACACCGACACACACACACACACACUGACACACACACCGACACAAACACACACACACCGACACACACACAGGCGCGCGUGAAAAGUAUCGCAGCGCCGAUGAAUUUGGAUGCACACCGCAUCCAUUCGCGCCCACCCGCGAUUUCACAAAGGGAAAUGCUGCGGCUUCUUCACCCAAAACGCCACGAGGCAACAGCAGAGAGAGGGGGGAGGGGGGAGCCACCUCGUAAAGGGGACGCGUCGCGUGAUGGGAGGUUUUGACACCGGGGCUACAACAGUUCCUUGAGAAUCUCGCCUGGAGGGGGGUCGCUGUUUGUGUUUAUUCAGUAGGAGCAGGGCAUCUCUGGGGCACGCCACUCGCUCGGCUCAACACCCCCACCCCCCCUCUUUGUCUCUGGCCACAUGCGCCGUGGCGGACGCGAGGACAGCGAUCCGUAGUCUGCCACAGUAAGCGGAGCUCUUCUCGCACGGGGGCAGCUGGUGGGGUGGACGACACGAGGUAGGGUGGACACCACGUGGUGGGGUGGACGACACGCGCCAUGUACGGCAUGGACUGCUACCUCGCUCUGCGCACGGCCGCCAGCGGAGCCCUCGCGCACGGAGCGGGCAACGUGUCCCGAGGCUCGGAAGUGGACUGCUUGAAUGUGGAGGCCGAUGGGAGUGUCCUCUACUCAUUCAAGACGAGGCACUUGCGCCAGCAGAUCUCCGGCAAGAAGGUUUGCUGCAUCGCUCUGUACGACGCCAAGAGCAAGGAAAACAAGGUCCUGCACGCGCUCGAGGGAGGAGGAGGAGGGGACGUCCUGAGCGGCUCCGUGAACGCGCGGCACUCGCUGCUCGCGUUCGUGACGGGCGCUGCCACCACCGCCAAGGCCGCCGCCGCCACCUCCACGGGCGCCGCGCGCCCCGAGGAUCCCGCAGGGUCCUCCUCACUCCAACCCCCAGCGGAGCGGCCGGCAUCGACGGAGUCGCCCGGCACGGGAGCGCCCCCGGGGGCCCGCGUCUUCGUAGUGGAGCUGCCCGGAGGGAGGCCGAGCGAGCUGCGAGUGGAGGGCGUCUCGAGCGCGCUCCGCUGGUGCCAGUUCCUGUACGGCUGCAGCGGCGAUGAUCGUGAGCAAGAAAGCCACCUCCUGGUGACCUCCGACACUGGAAGGGUCCACCUCUUCCACGUGAGACCCAGCGGCAGCGACGCGGAGAGUCCGCAGGGCGAGGCGGGAGUGUUCGUGAUGCGCUGCGGUGCGGGCGGCGCGGCGCGGGGAGGCUCCGGCGACGAGGUGGUGUGCCGCUUCGUAGCCGGCAAGGUGCCCGGCACGGCGGCAGCUUCGGCGAAGGACCCUCCGUACAGCGCCGCCCCGAGUGAGCUCGUGCUGCCCGCGUGUGCCUGGAGCCAGUGGGACCCGCGGGGCCAGAGGCUCUUCUACCUGCUCAGCCCAGCGGAGCAGCAGCAGGAAGGUGGAGGAGGAGGCAGUGGUGGGGGUGGCCCCACUCUGCGAUGCCUUCAGUUCUACCCCGACCGCUUGUACCAGCUCAUGCUGGAACUGAGUUUGCCUCCCUGCGUCUGGAGCCCGGACCGCCGGUUUGUCAACGCGAGCGCACCCUCGGGCCAGCCGGCGGACUUCCCGUCACUGCGCGUCGUGUGUGGAGAGUCGGGAGCGCUGUGCAUCUGCUAUCAGGAGGGGCCGGCGGGGCAAGCCGUGCGCUAUUCCAUCCUCAUGGUCCAUCAUGGAUACUCGUUUGGGUUCGAGGUUGACGCCGGCUCCGUGGCUUUCCAGCGGGAACUGCUGCUCUUCACACCCCUCGAUGGGUUCGUGGCCGUGAGCCUGCCGGGGAGAUUCCUGCAUCUCGUCAACGUGGACUACCCCUGGCUGUCCUGCCACAGCCUCUUCCUCGAAGGUCGCGACCUGUCCACGUUCCUGCGCAACUUUGUGACGGAGCCCGACCUGCGCACGCUGGGAGACCUCUACGCGAGCCGCUCGGCGGGGACGCUGCACCGGCUGGGCGCACGCCACGUCACCGCCAGCGCCAGCGCCCCGCAGCUGGGGGCCACGCUGCGCCGCUGCCGGCGGAGCGGCCACCGCACGGCCGCCCUGCACGCCGCCCUGGCGUCCGGGGAGCACCACGGAGCCAAGGAGCAGGCCCUGCGGUUCCUGUACAAGAGCUGUCGCGAGCCAUCCACGCACCUCCUGCAGGAGUUUCUCGUCGCGUCUGUGCUGGGGGAGAUGGCGGUGAGGGAAGGAGCAGCGGAUGCGAUCCCCUUCCUGCCGUACACAGCGCUCACCACGUGGACCGAGGAAAUCCCUGGACUCACGGCGACGCAGGAGAAGAUUCCCAACGUCGCGGACGCUCUCAAGCAAAAGGCGAGCGGCCCGGGGUUCUGGAGCGGCCUGGAGCGGCGCGUCGCCGUGCCGGAUGGGGCCCAGCGGCGCUACCAGCUCGGGGGCAACCGGCGCGCCCUGCGGGACCUCGUCGCGGCCCAUGCGGCGUCUCAGAGCAGCGGGCACCGGGUCGGCGAGCUCCUCACCCUGGCAAGGAGGGUCCUGUCGCUGUCUGCUUCCUGGAGCAAAGCUGCAGCAGGUGACCCAUCUGCUGGAGUCGGUCUGGGCGGCCUACGGACUCACCUGGGACACCGUGUGCCUUGCCCGCAAGGCGGAGGCAGCGGAAGCCGCGAUGCUGCCGCUCACCAUGAGGCUGGGGGACGCCGCGGCACAGCUCUGCCUCCCUCUCCCCGGCGGCUUCAAGAGCCUGCAGUGCACGCUGGGGUACCGCAGCGUGCCCCUGCACUCGUUCCUGCUCAUGGUGGACCAGGGGAUGCUGCAGCUCACCGACUCCUUCGUGCAGAGACUCUUCCACGACUUGGACGACAGCCCGAAGAACGAGCAGGCGAAGUUUGCGGUUCUGUCCCGGCUAUCACAGCCCCAGGCCGACGGGGUCUACCAGCAGUGGGAGAGCCCGGCCGCGUCGUUCAGCCUGGCGCAGCGCUACGCCGCACGGCUGCAUGCGCUGGGCCCCUGGGCGAGGAAGGACGACGCCGCCGCUGCCGCCGCCGCCGCCCCCGAGAAGGAGUCCUCGCAGAGCGACUUCCUGCCGCUACGCAGCUUCAUCGACCGCCUGCUGAACAUCGAGCGGCAAGUGGCCGGCCACGAGCAGGAGGUGGCGGGCUGCGUCGACGCUCGCUUCGUGGAGGAGGUGGCACUGAAGCAGUCGCUCGGCGCAGCCAAGAGGCGCUCCUCCCCCCGGUGAAACCCGGCGGCGGCGGUGGCGGUGGCGGUGGAGGCGGCGGUGGUGACGGUGGCGGUGUGGUGGCGGUGUGGUGGCGGUGUGGUGGCGGCGGUGGUGACGGUGGCGGUGUGGUGGCAGUGGCGUUGUGGUGGCAGUGGCGGUGCAGUGUGGUGGCGGUGUGGUGGCGGUGUGGUGGCAUUGUCGGUGGCGGUGACGGUGGCGGUGAUGGCGGUGACGGUGGCGGUGGGUUCCACCACGAGCCCAGCCCACCGCGGUCGGUAACCCCCGGGCGGAGAGGGCAUCUCGGCCCCCCUCAAUCUCGCCCCCCCCACCCGGCCCACCCCCACCCCUCCCUUUGCCUUCCCACCGCCUCGCCCCUCACCAACAGCCGGCGGCGGCAAUGGCCGGGAGGGUUACCGCUUGGCCGCUGGCUGGCGGGGGUGCUCUGCGCAUUAAGUCUCUGACAGCUGUCCCUAUGGGCACGACGAGUCGGCUGACUCUGCACCGUGGCCUGCACAAGCCCCCAGGCGUUUUGUUGCGCGUCGGCUGACGAGGGCCCCCACCCCAUUGAGCCGAGCGGUGGCGCCGUUACCAGGGCUGGCGCAGGCCCACGAGCGCCAGCAGUGGCGGCAGUCACAGAAGAUCGCAAUGGGGUGGAGGGAACGAGGGAAUGGGCAAAACUCGCGAGAACACAACGACAAGAGCGACACAUCGUUUAGACGAGAACAAAUCCCAGAACGGAAUGCACAAUAACGGUGCUUGCAAUACAAAUGUCACACAGAGGCAAACACGUCCCGUCACAGACGCGUGUGGAUUUAUUAGAAUCACAAUCUUAAUUUGUGACUGCGGGAGGAGCAGGAGAAAUCCGAUGAGCUAUGAAGCUCUUAUUCACAGAUGUCUAGUAGGCGCCACGGGAUCUGAGAGUAACAGCGCAAACAAACACACUGCACAACACAAUGAUAGCAGUGCAACGUUUCGACGAAAAAAGACACUCAGUAAAUAUAAAUACAGGGACUCCUCCACUUACGAACAAGUCAGGCUCCAGAAGUCUCUUCGGAAGUUGAUUUAUUCGUAAGUC